AUGGCCUUUAAUGUGAAAUAUUCCGUGGAGAGCUACCAGGUGGCCAUUCCCGGCGGCGACUGUUCGAUCCAUCUGCUGCUCAGUAACCCGCCGGAGAACCAGGCCACGUUCACGCAGGACCUGCAGGGCAGUGAAAAGGCCAACGCGGUGUUUUAUCGUAAGAUAGGCAGCGCCAAGCCUGAAAAGACCGAGAUCGUGAGCGCUGUGUUGGUGGAUGGGGGCUACGAUGGGGCCGGGGGCACCUUCAAGGGCAAGGAUGCGUGCGUCAGUAUCAAAGAGGCGGUGACGGACAUUGAGCAACGGUACGGCGUGAAGCUCAAGUUUGACGCCUGGGUGGUGACGCACUGGGACCGCGACCACUUCUGCGGGACGUUGCAGUGGAUUGUGAAUGAUCUGUCGGAACAGUACAGGAAGGACCGGAAAGUGAAGGAGGAGAAAGACCCGAGCCGCCAUCGAUUCACGUACUUCAAGUACGACGAUGCAACUGGCGAGUGCAUGACGACGCUCUACUGCCCGGUAUACGACCGGACGGAGUAUAUCACGGAGUACAGGCUCAAGAAGAAGCUUUCAGCGACGGCGAAGCUGUCGGAGACCGACGAGGACAAAAUCCCCAAGGGACGACACUGGCGGUUGGGGAAGAACGCCAAGGGGGACCACGUCGAGGUGGUGAUGGUCAAGAACUCCUCGACAAGCAUCUAUACGGGGAUCAGCGCCCGGUCAUACAAGGAGCUGGACUGGCUGCCCGGCAUCUGCAAGUUGGUCGAGAGGUUUGAGAACCUCUGGGGGAUGAACGUCUUCACGGGUCUUCCGAUCAACAAGACGCCGUUGGAGGGUCGCUCAGACGCCCAGGGGGGCACAGAUGUCACGAUCAAGGAUGUGAUGGGUCAGUUGAAAGAUGACAAGAUGCCCGUGUUUCUCAUUGUCGGCGCCGAGGGCUAUAUCAUGGGGGAGAAGAAGGAGAUGAAAAACCUGCGCGAACCCGUGGGCGAGACGCUGGAGAACUUCAUCUCAAUCGUGUCGCUGAUCGUCUGGCCGCCCAGCGCAGAGAACGGCAAGAAGGGUCGAGUCUCGUACUUCAACGGGGGGGACACGGACAAGAACACGGAAGAGAGACUGGCGAAAUGGAUGGCGGGAACGACUGUCCGGGUCUUCAAGACGUCGCAUCACGGCGCCUACACGGCCACGCCGCCGGCGGUGCUGAAGAAGCUGCAGCCUGACAAGGUGUUGAUCUCUGCUGGAUUCGAAUAUGGCCAUCCCAGCUGGGUGGUGCUGACGGUGCUCUUUGCCUACUGGGCCGACAUGGUAACGAACAACAAGAUCACCGAAGGCCAGGGCAGGGACAUGGAGGGCCUGGUCUUCCCCCUGCGCUAUCCAUACUACCUGGAGGGCUACAAGUACAACAAGAAGGGCAGCCAAGUGGAGCUUAUCACCAAGGACUUCAACGUGAACCUCAAGGUCAAAUGGCAGGACAGUUUCAACAUCCUGACCCAGGGAGCGGGAAAGGUCAGCGAGAGGCGCACGGAGAUCCUGAAGAAGCCCUACGCGCAGGAAGGCAAGACGUUCCGCGAAUGGGCACCCGCCGAUGCGAGGGAUUUCGGCAAAGGCAUCACCUGGGAUACCCUCACCGAGGCAGGGAAUCAGUUUGUCGGCAACCAGCCGUGGGCCAAGUUCCACCCGCGCGGCGCGAGCCCCGAACCGUUCCUGUUCCUGACGAUCCUGGCCGAGUACUGGCUGUACAUCUCCAAGGUGCAGGGCAACUGGGGCCAGCAGCACAAUAAGAAUCCCGACGUGCGCAAGGCCGUCUACCUGUGGACGCGCAGCUGCGACCACGACGGCCUCGACGGACGGGUCGAGAUCAUCGACAACUGGCUCAACUAUGUCGACGCCCGGAACACGCAGCUGAAGAUGUACCGCACCCACGCGCAGAACAACCAGAACGCGAACAUGAAGAUGGACGGUGUCCAGGGGAUGAAGCCGAGCAUUGCGCCUGCCACGGGCCAAUCGAGCGAUGAGGCCGACCUGAAUGUGCCCGUCAUGACGGAUCUGGAGCCGGACAUUGUUUUCCUGGACAAGAACUGGACCGUGGGCGCGGAGGAAGAACAGGCCGACCUGUUGGAUAAGAGUAAGAACAAGGUGAUUGUCAUCCAGGAGGAGGACGAAGCCAGACCGAACAGCAUGGUCAUGAAGCUGGAGGAGGAUUAUCUCACCAUCCCGGACGACGCCGAGGUAGAGAUGGGCGACCAUCCAACCACUUCAGCUGGCCCUGCAACCACAGAAUUCCCCAUGCGUGAAGAGCUGACGGCUGGGGGACAGCAUCACGCAGCAGGUGACGAUCAUGAAGCCACUGGCCAUCAGACGCAGCCUGCAGCUACUGGCCAUGGUGAGGAGCUUGCAGACCCUCGCGCCGCACCAACGCGCGAUGAGGAAUUGGCUGCGUUGAAGUUACGUCUUGCUGUGGUAGAGCACAAAAUGCGCGUCACCCAGCAGCAACUACUCACAAACAGUCUUCAAAUGAUAUUCCUACAGGACCAGAAUAUCUGGGGGACUUGA